AUCCAAUCCACCAACUAAGACUUCAAAUUUAUUCGUUUUCUUUUUUGUUUAUUGUUCUGUUGAAUAUUCAUAUCACGGUUUCUUGGAGAUGAUCGUCGAUGCAUUUCGCACGCCUACGCGCAAGAUUGUGUCUAUCAUUUUCUAGAUUUAUCUGUUUUGUUGUAGCGUCCGACGCUAGCCUCCCAUUUUUCGAUUUUUGGUUUCUAUAUAUGUAAUUUUAUUUUUUUGGUAAGGGAUUACUUGCUUGAUUUAAUCGCGGAGGCCACCGCGGUAGCCAUUUCUGGCGGAGCGCGCGUCUGAUUGAAAUGCCCUGAAAAUUAGGGUGAUUUAAAGGAGGUUUUUUUGAAACGCUGCAGAAUUGGGAUUGGUGUUGAGAUUUGGGCCAAGAUUUACUGUGAUAUAGAGGUGAUCGUAAGGGGAGAAUCGCAAAGAUGAUGUCAAGAUCUUAUACCAACCUUUUGGAUUUAGCUUCUGGGAAUUUCCCAAUAAUUGGUAGGGACAAGGAGCGGAAGCGUUUCCCGAGGGUAAUGACGCUUCCGGGAAGUAUUGUGGAGCUUGAUGAUGAACAAGCAAGUAGUGUUACAUCCGAAAACCAAUCUUCAAUUACUGGUGAGAGAAUGAUCAUUGUGUCUAACCUUUUGCCUUUGAAGGCUAAACGAAGACCGGAUAAUAAAGGCUGGAGUUUUAGUUGGAAUGAAGACUCAUUGCUUCUACGGGUGAAGGAUGGUUUUCCUGAAGACAUGGAGGUACUGUAUGUCGGGUCAUUGUCUGUUGAUGUUGAUCCAAUCGAGCAGGAUGAUGUAUCCAAUUAUCUCUUGGAGAAGUUUAACUGUGUUCCUACAUUUCUGCCACCGAGUCUUCUGGAGAAGUAUUACCAUGGAUUUUGUAAGAAGCAGCUGUGGCCGCUGUUUCAUUACAUGCUACCAUUUUCGGCUGAUCGUGGAGGUAGAUUUGACAGGUCUAUGUGGGAAGCAUAUGUAUCUGCCAAUAAAUUGUUCUCACAGAAGGUUAUUGAGGUGCUUAAUCCAGAGGAUGACUAUGUUUGGAUUCAUGAUUAUCAUUUGAUGGUUUUGCCCACAUUUUUGAGGAGGCACUUUGUGCGUUUAAGAAUGGGUUUUUUUCUUCAUAGUCCGUUUCCUUCAUCCGAGAUUUACAGAUCACUUCCUGUUAGGGAAGAAAUCAUCAAGGCCUUACUUAAUGCAGACUUGAUUGGUUUUCACACCUUUGAUUAUGCACGCCAUUUCCUAUCCUGUUGCAGUCGAAUGUUGGGCCUUGAAUAUCAAUCAAAAAGGGGAUAUAUAGGUUUGGAGUUCUAUGGAAGAACAGUAGGAAUAAAGAUUAUGCCAGUUGGAAUACAUAUGGGUCAUAUUGAGUCAGUGAUUAAACAAGCAGAUAAAGAGCUCAAGGUUGAGGAGCUAAAGCGGCAGUUUGAAGGAAAGACAGUGUUGCUUGGAGUUGAUGACAUGGACAUAUUUAAAGGUAUCAACUUGAAAUUUUUAGCUAUGGAACACAUGCUCAAGCAACAUCCAAAUUGGCAGGGCAAGGCUGUACUGGUGCAGAUUGCAAACCCUGCUAGAGGGAGAGGUAUAAAUUUGGAGGAAAUACAGGCUGAAAUAGAAGAGAACUGCAAUAGAAUUAACAAGGAGCUUGGGCAGCCUGGAUAUGAACCCAUAGUUUAUAUUCACCAUCCUUUAUCAAUCAGUGAAAGAAUGGCAUAUUACAGCAUCGCUGAGUGUGUUGUUGUGACUGCAGUGAGGGAUGGGAUGAACCUGACUCCUUACGAAUAUAUUGUCUGCAGACAAGGAGUAUCUGGUGAUGAAAUGCGGUCAGAAUUGAGUGGACCUAAGAAGAGCAUGCUAGUGGUGUCCGAAUUCAUUGGUUGCUCUCCUUCCCUAAGUGGUGCUAUUCGUGUUAAUCCAUGGAAUGUUGAGUCAACUGCUGAAGCCUUGAACGAAUCUAUAUCGAUGGCUGAAUCAGAGAAAGAGUUAAGACAUGAGAAGCAUUACCGAUAUGUCAGUACCCAUGAUGUAGCUUUUUGGUCAAGGAGUUUCUUGCAAGAUAUGGAAAGAACGUGUGCUGAUCAUUUUAGGAAACGAUGCUGGGGCAUUGGUCUUGGCUUUGGAUUCCGGGUGGUGGCUUUAGAUCCUAACUUUAGAAAGCUAUCAAUAGAUGAUAUUGUGGCUGCUUACUGCAAAGCUAAAAGCAGGGCUAUACUAUUGGAUUAUGAUGGCACGCUGAUGCCCCAAAAUUCAAUAAUUAAGACCCCAAGUGCCCAAGUUCUCUCUCUCUUAAACAGGCUAUGUGUAGAUACCAAAAAUGUAGUUUUUAUGGUGAGUGGAAGAGGAAGGCGUAGCUUAAGUGACUGGUUUUCCUCUUGCAAGAAGCUGGGACUUGCUGCGGAACAUGGCUACUUUUUAAGGUGGCCGCAGUGUGAGGAGUGGGAGACAUAUGACCAAGGAUCCGAAUUUGGAUGGAUGCAGAUGGCUGAACCCGUUAUGAAUUCAUAUACUGAGUCUACCGAUGGUUCUGGAAUCGAGAGAAAGGAAAGUGCUUUAGUUUGGCAUUACAAUGAUGCAGAUCCUGGAUUCGGUUUUUCCCAGGCGAAAGAAAUGUUGGACCAUUUAGAGAGCGUGCUAGCAAAUGAACCCGUUGCUGUGAAAAGUGGGCAGUUUAUUGUAGAAGUGAAACCUCAGGGUGUUAGCAAAGGUGUAGUUGCAGAAAAGAUUUUCACAUCAAUGACGAAUAAUGAGAAACAGGCAGAUUUUGUGCUGUGCGUUGGUGAUGAUAGAUCUGAUGAGGAUAUGUUUGAACUAAUCAGUACGGCAGUGUCUAGACAAAUCCUAUCUUACAACACCGAAGUCUUUGCAUGCACAGUAGGGCAAAAACCCAGCAAAGCUAAGUAUUAUUUGGACGACUCAUCUGAAGUGGUGGCAAUGCUAGAGUCUCUUGCUGAAGCUACUGAUUCUCCAGCAACAUCAGAUGAGGAAACCCAUAUCUCCCAAGCCUCAAGAAGAUUCAGUCACUUUUCUAUUGCUUGAAUCUGCUUAAUAUGGAUAUUUAGCUAAUCGAAUAUUUUUAUAUAUGGAUAUUAGAUUUUAGGCACCAGAAAUGGAAAUUAUAUACUAUUCUUCUUCUUCUUCUUCU